AUGGUAGCAGCACCUCCAUCAACCUGGCUAAUAACCGGCGCCUCCUCCGGCUUUGGUAAAUCUAUCGCUUUGGAAGCUCUCCAAGCCGGCUACAAAGUCAUUGGAACCACUCGCAAUAUAAGCCAAGCCGAAACAUCCUUUCCCGAUUUUGUCACAAAGGGUGGGAUCUGGAUAGCCUUGGAUCCCGCUCAGAAAGAUGCUUUUGAGCAUUUUUCCAAGUGUGCUGAAGAACAUGACGUUGAUGUUUUAAUCAAUAAUGCUGGUUAUGCUUUUAUUGGUGGUAUCGAAGACACGAGUGAAGAUGAAACCCGCGAUCAAAUGGAAGUUAAUUUUUACGGACCUCUUCGAGCAGUCCGAGCUUGUCUUCCGAUUAUGCGUGCCAAGGGCUCAGGAAAUAUCAUUCUUAUAAGCAGUGGCGCAGGAUUCAUAGCCCGCCCAGCACGAUCAUCAUAUUCCGCGAGUAAAUUUGCCAUCGAGGCGGUCUACGAGUCCCUCUCUCAUGAGGUCAAGACCUUCGGCAUCAAAGUCCUGAUUAUAGAACCAGGGGCAUUUCGAACACCUUUCGCAAGCAGGAUCAUUAAACCAGCUCAGUAUCAAGAGAGCCAUGGGUUUAGCGAUGCUUAUAAGGAUACUGCGGUUGAGCAGAUGGUUAAUGCAACUGUAAACAUCAUGUCCAUUCCGGACUUUGUGAAAGGAGACCCUGAUAAAGCUGCGCGCGCAAUUAUCACGGCUGUCGUCGAUGGUCACGAAUUUCUUCGUAUGCCAUUGGGGCCAGAUUGUGUGAAGGCAUUGGAGGAUAAGAUUGGACAAUUACAGGGAGACUUGGAGGCGUCUAGAGUAAUUGGCACGGCUACGAAUUUUGACUGA